UUCCAGAUAUCGGCUUAGUUGUGCCCGGAGUGCAUUUAGUCUUGGUAAACCCUUCCAUGUACGAUGUGCGGAAUGGGUGUGCGUGUGCUCCUUACGGGUCUGUUCUUGAUCGCCCUGCCAGCCUUCGGCCUAACCAUCACCACCACCCGUAAUGUCACCGAGUUCCUAGGACACCGCCAGAAACGCUGGCUGAUCUAUCAGAACAGCGGAUCGAUGAAGUUUAGCAUCGGGCCAUCGUUGCCAAUACCCUUGGAGGAUCAUGUCACAUUUCGCUCCUGUGUACUGUCCUUCACGCUCCAGGGAGGCACCUAUUCGCUGCCCACCUCACCCAUCUGGCCCUGGGACAAGUGGGAGGGCACUUUCGCCCGUUCCCUGACACAGAUGAGGCGGAACAUCGAGAGGCACGCCGCCAGUGGAGACAUCCGGUAUGCAGACGAUGCGAGACUGCUGGUCUACACCGCUCUGGAGGAGUACAUGGGCAGGAGGAAUGAUAACAUGGCCGUGGGCAGGCAAUGCCUGCUUCGCUCCAUAUGCGAAAAUGCCCAAAUCCACCACCACAUUGGGGUGUUCUCCGAAAUCUUGAACAUUGUCCUGAGUCCAGGCAAAGCGGAUCUGGAUAAAUCCUACCAUGAUGCCUAUACCGCUGGCAAGGCAGGCGCCGAUUGCCUGGGCCUUUACAGGACCUGCCCACGCGGGGACAAUUUCCUGGACGAACUACUGAUUGUGGAGCAUGAUUGAUUUACUGCUGAUGCUUCUGGUGAUCGUAGCCGAUGGAACCACAAUAAAGUUUCCGACUAAAUCAAAGUGCAUAUCUAAUGGGUCUCGUCCUGUGUCGGAUUGGGAUGGAUGUGCUUGUU